AUGAAUUUAUUUCAUUUCACAAUAUUUUUUUAGUUUGCAUAUUUUGUCUUUAUUUUACAUGUAUGGAGGAUGGAGACUGGGAAAAUUGUGACAGGAAAGGAUCUGUACAACAGCCUGCCCACAUAUGCUACAGGAGAGCGAAAAAAAUUGGGUCUUCCGUCAAAAGAUUCCAUGAGCGAGCACUUCGUGACCGCAUUUCUCAAGCAACACGUCAAUCCGCAACGCCUGAGAAAUGAACUGGUUGACAUCCUGGACCCGCACAAGGCCCAGAAACUCGAGAAUUGUGGCAAGCACACUCUGAAGAAACACAUGAAACCGAAAAAGAAGGAAAAACUGACAACGAAGGACAAGAAGAGUGCAAGAUUGUUUGAAAUCAAACCAGAACAUCAGAAAUAUGAGCUCUAUGAACCGAUGCAUCAGCUGUGGAAAGACUACAUGUUUGACCUCAUUGACUUUUCACAUUUUGACUUCCGCAACCCUAGUAUCCAGCAGGCGCUCUUGAAGGCAGACUACCAUGGCUGUAUCCUGACAGUAACCAAGUCGAAAUGUGAUUCCCUGGUGGGCAUAUCUGGAAUCAUCAUACAAGAAACGAAAAAUACAUUCAAGAUUAUUACAAAGGAUGAUAAGUUAAAAGUUUUACCAAAGAGGAAUAGUAUUUUCACAUUCCUGCUCAAAGACUACGUGUUCAAUAUCCAUGGUGAUAACUUCUUAUCCAAGACCAGUAUGAGGGCUAGGAAGACGUUUAAGGGUGGGGGGAAGGUCAUGGACAUUUCGUGAUGAAACGGAUGAUGUCAGAGGUUAAGAGGAGCAAGAUUAAGAGGAGCAGGGAUUAAAGCAUCAUUCAGGUGGAACACAAGCAAGGUGUUCAAGAGUGUGGGGAAGGUCAUGGACAUUUCGUGAUCAAAAUGAAGGAAUCUUUUGGACUUCUUAUUGGUUGUGUCAGCGAUUAAGACAAACUCUGUUGAAAUUUAUUCGGUCAGUACAAUUUGGGGGUUGUUAAUAGAAUUGAUGGGUGGCAAUCUCGGCUGAUACCAGUUAAGGCUUAAGGAAUUGAUACCGAACUGUUUGUAAUCCUGUUCUCAUCAAGGAUUGCUCGAGUGGAGCUAAGAUGAUGGCAUGGACAUUUCAUCACACUUUCGAUUGUAUGUCUAUAUCCUCGUGAACUUUUACAUCAGUAUCUAAUACUACAACAUCUUUGAGCGAGUAAGUGAACGAGAUAUGUGUACUACCAUGAAUGUGUUCAGAUGCUAAUAAACCUUGUAAAUAUUCA